AUGCCUUCCAAUAGCAGCAGAAAAACAGACCGUAAAGGAAAAGGAAAAGCAUCUGCAAGUAUAUCUACCUCUGCAAACCAUGUUUUGGCUGGCCAUGUGGCACCUCGAGAAAUUGCCCCCAGUUUCUCAUCCUCAACUAUUCAAGAUCAGCAAUACGUGGAAAUUGUUGAAAUGUUUAACAAAGUAAACAACAGUAUCAACGGUGUCAAGGAUGACAUUGCUGCUGUCAAUAGCAAUAUGACAGCCUUUAAAAACAGGAUGGGCGUUGUUGUUGACACGUCUGGAAAGACAUAUACGGCAUUUGCAGACUUUGCAACUGUCUAUGCCAAUGAUCAAACUCAUAUGGCUAGUCUAGCACUAUCUCCGAUGUCAUCCUAUGUCCCUCAGAUCUCCCUCAGUGAUGCCGAGGUUUCUGUCAUUAUCUUGAAAAUCUUUGUGGAAAGGUUGUGGGACUGGAAGUUUGAGUCUGACGACCCUGCUCUUGUUGCUGAGAACGAGAGUAAGAAGAAGUGGAACUUGAAUGAGAAGAUUAACUACCACAAUAACAUAGCUGUUAUCAACUACUUGAAGAGCUACAUUAGCGCAAGACUUGCCUAG